AACAACAGAAACGUUUCUAGUCUUGGCAGCAUUCGCGAAACUGAGAUCAACAAACACCGAGGUUCUAAAUUGCGCCUACAUAGGCUAGAUUACCCUCUGUUUUCCCACUAGGCCGGAGACUUGAGCUGGUGUUCCUGGCGGAGUCAUCCAGCCAAUUGCACGAGACCGACACGAUGGCAUCAGGUCAGUUCUUCGACCCCCUCGUCGCACUUCGCGUCGCGCCUCUAGUGUCGUCGACUUGUACUCUCCUCUUCGCUUGGGACCAGCACUUCUUUCUCAGCCUUUUCAACGACACACCCGAGCUUCGAAAGAGGAGCGCGCCGAUGCUGAAGCCCUACUUCAACACCUUCUUCUCUCGCGGCGUCUUUAUUGUUCUAGGCUUCAUUGCUGUAUCGACGAGCACAGGCACUGCAAACUUAUUCAACCAGCCAGCUACACUUAGGUCCCAGAGUACCUUUUGGUGGUACGCUGCGGGCACGGCCAUGUCGGCGGGACACUUGCUCUACGUUCCGGCUGUUGCGCCGCAUGUGAAGGAUUUGGCGGAGGCGAAAGACGGCGAUGAUGUCAACGGAAUGUUGGAUAAGUGGUUGAAUGCCAACUGGUUGCGCAUGGUGACUGUUGAUGUUGGUGCCUGGAUUGCUUUCAGCGUUGCUACCCUGAGCACAUUGCGUUUAUGAGGAGAUUCGAGCGUCGAGUUGCACAUGUGCGUGUAGUCAUCAGGCUACUUUAGUGUGUAUUGAUAUCAUGAAUCUUCCGUACCCGAGGCGCACAGCCCAAUCAAGCUAGUUGGGCACUCAAGAUGCUCAAGUGCGAGAACACAGGGCCGAUAUUUGAUCUAGAGGCUUGCUUAAUGUGAUCCAGCCAUCAAGGUACCUUACUCAGAUGAAAUGCGAUGUAUGAAGUAGACUACUCAUAUUUUCUCAGAGGCAUCUGAAACCUUUUCCGCCCGCUUGCAAACCAAUCAAUG